AGGGGGAGUUAGAGUUUGGACACCACGUGGUGUUAUAAUAAAAGGAUUGGAAUUUCUCUCAGAGCAAGAGUGCUAUUACGGACAUAUUCGGGACAUUGUUAUGUUAAGAUAAACAUAGGCUUUGUGCAUGGUUUCCUAUUUCAAGUUAUUUAUCACUUGUUUUAUAUCAUUAUUUAAUAAUGAUAGCAAUUUAACAAGAUAUUCUAAAUAUAUUUAUAUAUAUACUGGUUUUAUAUUUGUUUUUUAAUAGUUAGUUAGACUAAGAUAUGUUUCACCCUGCAUUUUGACGUUAGUUUAACAUUUAAAACGUUUUAAUUAAGUUGUUGCGUGUUAGCCUACACUGCAUGCAAAUUUUGAAUAAUACAUACUUGUUUAAGUUGCAGUUUCUGCGAAGACUAAACUAACAGUACGCACAGGUACAAAGGGCAGGUAACAGAAAAAGUGUCUCAAUAUGGGCGACAACCCUGACUUUGAUGAUGAAGAAAUUAAAGAAGAGAACAUUUGUCUGGAUCUGGGAAAAACGAACCCUUCCAAAUCCGUGGACUUGGAGGAACAAAUCGAAUGCACGAGCAUCCCGAAUGUGAACAAGGACAAUACAACUACUACGCAUUUAUACAAAAGGAGAUGGGUGAUGGUGUUCCUUUUCAGCUCUUAUUCCCUGUGCAACGCAUUUCAAUGGAUCCAAUACGGAAUAAUUAACAAUAUUUUUAUGAAAUUCUACCAUGUGGACUCUUUUGCCAUCGACUGGAUGUCAAUGAUCUAUAUGUUGACAUAUAUUCCCUUUAUAUGGCCUGUAUCCUGGCUUUUGGACAAAAAGGGACUGCGGCUCAUAGCAUUGAUGGCUACCGCCAUUAAUUGCCUUGGGACAUGGAUCAAGGUGGCCAGCGUCAAGCAAAACCUAUUUUGGGUGACCAUGCUUGGACAAUUCGCAGGCUCCCUAUCACAGGUAUUCAUCCUUGGGAUGCCUUCCCGCCUAGCAUCGGUUUGGUUUGGCUCUGAAGAGGUGUCCACCGCCUGUUCCAUCGGCGUAUUUGGGAAUCAGAUGGGCAUUGCCAUUGGCUUUCUGGUGCCGCCCAUCCUCGUGCCAAAUGUUGAUGAUAUGGACGAUCUGGCAUACCACAUCAGCAUCAUGUUCUACAUCACUGCUGGAAUGGCCACCGUGAUCUUCAUCCUCGUAGUCUUCAUGUUCCAAGAGAAGCCGGAAAUCCCUCCCACCCUGGCUCAGGUCCAGGCCAGGAGCACCCCUCCAGAAGAGUACUCCUACAUGGCCUCUAUCCUGAGACUGCUGCGUAACUUACCCUUCAUGCUCCUUGUUAUCAGCUAUGGGCUGAAUGUCGGUUGUUUCUAUGCUGUUUCCACACUGCUGAACCGGAUGAUUAUUGAGCAUUAUCCAGGUGAAGAGGUGAAUGCUGGGAGAAUUGGCCUCACCAUUGUCAUUGCCGGGAUGGUGGGGUCCCUCAUAUGUGGGAUCUGGUUGGACAAGACCAAAACCUACAAACAGACUACCCUGGCUGUGUAUCUCAUGUCCUUCGUGGGAAUGGUGGUCUAUGCCUUCACUCUGAACUUAGACCACCUAUGGGUGGUGUUUGUGACAUCAGGGGCUCUAGGGUUCUUCAUGACUGGGUACCUGCCACUUGGCUUUGAGUUUGCUGUGGAGCUGACCUUCCCAGAGGGUGAGGGCACCUCCUCAGGCCUGCUCAACUGUUCAGCUCAGAUAUUUGGGAUCAUAUUCACCAUCGGUCAAGGGAAGAUCAUAGACCACUUUGGCACAUUCGCUGGGAACAUCUUUUUAUGUGUCUUCCUCCUCAUAGGGACCAUUAUGACAGCAUUCAUCAAGUCUGACCUCCGAAGGCAAAAGGCCAACCAUCUGGCUGAGAAUCAGGUGGCGAGUGCUGCAGGCUCCCCGUCUCGGGUACAGGACUACGGGGCCACAGCACCCAGCAGCCCUCAGGAGCAGCAGUCCUGACACUAACCUCACUAAAACCCAAACACACACCAGCCAAGAAACAGGCAGGUCACCCACAGGAAGGCCUCUCACAGCCAGCUACACUGAAGGACAUCAAAGUAUAAGGAGGAAAUCCAGUUGAACGGGUGUGAAAAGAAAGAAAUCCCAUCAUACACUUGGAAUCACACAGGUUCUCCCUCUACAGCAAAUUACUUGUCAGAAGAUAACUGGUUUGAUUAUCAAGCACAACCAAGGGUAUUUAUAUUUUUUUGUGCUGAUAAUUCAUAUUUAACUGUCACUUUUUGAGAGUACACUAUGAAUGGUUAAUAUUUUCAUUGUGGUUUCUCUAGCUUUAAAUGUCUCCAAUCUAAAUAUAAUAAAUGUUGAUGUCUGUGCAUUUUGAUAUGAGCAAUAUUCAAACUGUGCUAUUUGUUUCCUGUUAUCUGACCAAUACCAUACUGGAACAGAAAGUAUUAUUGUAACUGUUCUAUUU